AUGCUCAAUGAAGUCAAUUGCUUCAAGAGACUGCUUCACACAACAGCCAGGACGGCUAAGACUCCAAAACUGGUGCAAAUAUGUGAGAAAUGGAAACACAAAACGGCUGAAGGAGUGCCAGAACUAUUGAGACAGGAUCGAGAUAAAGAUAUUUACAUUCUGUCGAUGUUCCCUUAUCCGUCAGGUGUCCUACAUAUAGGCCAUUUGAGGGUCUACGCCAUAAGCGACGCUCUUAAUCGAUUUUACCAAUUGAAAGGGUACAAUGUUCUUCAUCCUAUGGGAUGGGAUGCCUUCGGACUGCCAGCAGAAAAUGCAGCCAUUGAAAGACAAGUUGAUCCCUCUGAGUGGACUGCCCAGAAUAUUGCCAAGAUGAAGGAACAGAUGAAAAGCAUGCUGGCGAAUUUCAACUGGGAAAGGGAAAUUACGACCUGCAGCCCAGACUAUUAUAAAUUUACGCAGAUGAUAUUUCUGAAAUUGUUCAAGCAUGGUUUGGCGUAUCAAAAGGAAGCUGAGAUAAACUGGGAUCCCGUGGAUAAGACUGUACUGGCGAACGAGCAGGUAGAUGCUCAAGGUCGCUCCUGGCGAUCGGGUGCUUUGGUGGAGAAACGACUGCUACGUCAGUGGUUCUUGGGCAUAACCAACUUUGCGGCAGAAUUGAAGCAUGAUUUGAGAUAUUUGAAGAAUUGGCCUUCCAAAGUAAAGAGUAUGCAAAAUAAUUGGAUUGGCGAGUCGAACGGUGCAGAGUUGAAAUUCGCUACAAAUGACCCCGAUUUCCCGAGCAUUGAGAUUUUCACUACUAGAGCUGAGACGUUGUUCAGUGUUCAAUACGUGGCCCUCGCCUUGAAUCAUGGCCUCGUUGCAAAGUAUGCUCUGACAGAUGCCUCGUUGCAGGCCUUUAUCAAGAAAGCGGAGCUUCUACCGGAAGACUCAAAGGACGGCUUUCUACUAAAGGGUGUAUACUCCCGAAAUCCUCUAACCCAGGAAGACCUGCCAGUUUACGUAGCACCUUACGUGCUGAAGGAUUAUGGUUAUGGAGCUGUGAUGGGGUGCCCUGCACACGAUGAGCGGGAUUUUCAGUUUUGGAAGACGAAUGCUGCUGGAAUACCCGUUAGAAGAUGUCUGGACGUCUUGCCUGGUGAAGAGGAAGCCGGCGAGCUACCUUUUACCUCUAAAGAUGCGGUCAUGAGUGACAGCACGUUGGAGUACAGAGGGCUUUAUUCUGCUGAAGCAAGGAAGCAGAUCGUUCAGAAACUGCACUCUCAAGGUCUUGGCCGCAAUGUCAUACAAUACAAAUUGCGAGACUGGCUCAUCAGUAGACAGCGCUACUGGGGUACUCCGAUUCCAAUCAUCCACUGUUCCCACUGUGGGCCGGUUCCCGUUCCCGAAGAAGAUUUGCCAGUUCUACUUCCUAAAGUAACCGGCUUGAAAUCCAAAGGAAAUCCACUUUCUCAAAUACCAGAAUUUGUUGACGUGAAUUGCCCUACUUGUAAAGCACCUGCUAAGAGGGAAACUGAUACCAUGGAUACUUUCAUGGACAGUUCAUGGUAUUAUUUUAGAUUUACUGACCCUGAGAACCCGAAGCUGCCAUUUGGCUCCGAAAACGCGAACAAGUUGCUGCCGGUCGAUAUGUACAUUGGGGGCGUAGAGCAUGCUAUUUUGCACCUGCUAUAUUCGCGAUUUAUCGCCAAGUUUCUAGGUUCCAUUAACAUGUGGGAUGGUGGUUUGCUGAAAAAUGAACCUUUCAAACGCCUAAUUACACAAGGAAUGGUCCACGGCAAAACGUUCAUUGAUCCUGAAAGUGGCAAGUUUUUAAAGCCUAGCGAAUUGCGACAUGUUUCCAAUCCAGAAGAACCUGUUUUAAUCAAAGCUACAGGUGCAAAACCGAUUAUCCGAUAUGAAAAGAUGUCAAAGUCAAAAUACAAUGGUGCUAACUUCAACGACUGCAUUUCUAAACACGGUGCGGAUGCGACUAGGGCACACAUUCUCUUUCAGGCUCCAAUCGAGGAUGUUUUGAAUUGGGAGGAGAGCAAGAUUGUGGGUAUUGAGCGUUGGUUGGUGAAACUGCUUUCACUUACUUCCACAAUCUCAAAUCGUGGAAAAUUUGACGUGAAUUAUACUACUCCAAAAGAUCUGAAGCAGGAGGAGGCAGAUCUCCAUGCAACCGUUCAAAAGCUAAUCAAAUCUAUUACUGAGUCAUUUGAGGUAUACAUAUCGCUCAAUACUGUGAUAUCUGAUUAUAUGAAGCUGACGAAUGCUCUUGAUACUGCCGCAAAAAAGGGAUUAGUGAGAGAUGCGUUACUGAUGCACAGUUUGAAGAAGCUAGUGGCAGUAAUCUACCCUGUGGCACCAUCAAUAUCCGAAGAGGCAACAGAGAUCAUUAAUAAAGCACAGAAUUGGGCAUGGAACCAAUAUAGGUGGCCGACCUGCGAGCCCGUGAUAGAACCCAGCACUUUAAAGUAUCAAAUUGUCGUCAACGGAAGGAUGAGGUUUAUGUUGACAGCGGAGAAAGAUUUCUCAAAAUGCGACAUGGAAACGAUUUUAUCAAGGCUUCUAUCGCUUCCAGAAGGCAGAAAAUACUUGACAAAUCGCAAAAUUAAGAAGUUCAUUUCAAAGAACAACAUCAUUAGUUUUAUGCUUGCUAAAUGA